GGAUUUGGGGAGCCCCUGGGAGGACCCCGUCGUGUUCUGGGUGGACUGGUGUUUGUGUUUCACUGGAAGAUGCCUCAUCCGGCUGACUGAGCUGACGCACAACUUCCUGAAUCUGAGCUUCCGGAGCAUAGGAUGAGGGACGGAGAGGCAGGCGCCUUGGGAGGACGGGAUGGGCUCUGCUGGCCCUGAGACGGAGAGGCAGGACUUGGGAGGACGGGAUGGGCUCUGCUGGCCCUGAGGACGGAGAGGCAGGACUUGGGAGAACGGGAUGGGCUCUGCUGGCCCUGAGGACAGAGAGGCAGGACUUGGGAGGACGGGAUGGGCUCUGCUGGCCCCGAGGUCCUGCUCUAGGUUUUCUCCUGCUGCUGCUUCUUGAGAGCACCCUGACUUGGUGCUGCAUCUCAGCAAGGCUGGGCGUCCCUGCCAGCUUUGGGUGGGGUGAGGACACGGACACCCUAUGCUCUGCUGGCCCCCUUCCCUCCCACUCAGCUUUGCCUUCUCUGCAGGUGACUGACAGGUCUGAUCCACCGCCCUCUGCAGACGAGCGCACACAGCAGCUGUUUUUCCCGCUGCUUCGUCUUGGAGAAGCCCCUUCUGGAACUCUCUUCCGUUUGGGAAUGUCUGCUUCUCUCCCCUUCCUCUGAGGCUUCCUGGUCCCUGCUGACUUUUGUGAGGCCACUGUCUGCAGGCUCUCUGAGGAAGGGCCUAACGUGGGGUGGACUUUGAAGACGGCCUUCAUCUCCCACCUCUGCCCGAGGUGGGGGGCACAUGACUCCAGGGUGCAGGCCCUGUGCUUCCGUGUGCUGGUGAGCGGCUCCAUCUGUGUAGGGGGCUUCUUCUAGGCCCACAGCCUCCUCUCUGUGCCCUCAGUGCCCAGGACUCAGGGUCAUGGGGACCUGGCAGGCCCCUUCCUCCAGCUGCCUCUUUUGAACUCCUCCCGCCUUGCCUUGGUUCCUCCCCUGCGCGCCUCCCUUGUUGCCCUGCCCGUCCCUGUCCACUUGCUCCUCUCCCUGCCUUGAGGUGGGGCGUGCACGCUACCUCUAGUGAGGCCUGUUCACUCUGCGCUCCAUUUCUGGUUCCUGAGGCCAUGGUCCCACUUUCACGAGUGUGGCGGCUUCUCACCUGCUUGGAAGGGCAGGAUGGGUGUGGCUCUUUUCUCCUGUUCUUUGUUUAGUUUGGAUUGGCGACAGUCCAUGUCGGAUCCUUGUGCUCUGUUCUCGGGGAAGCUGGCGAGUUGGCAGGUCCUGAGGUGUGCUGGGUGUCGACCACGCUUCUGGUCCGGCCACCCUCGGUCACCGAGUCUUGCAUUAAAGUGCCUUUUAAAAUGUGAAAUUUGUCAUUUCAGCGUAAAAGUGGCUAGGUCUUGUAUGUGCUUUCAGGGAUGAUCCAAACCACUGUGGCCACCUGACACAGGUUAGGGAACAGGCAGCCCUGCUGUCUCCCCUCCCCCCUGCCAGGCCACCUGCUCUGCCUGCUCCUCUGUGGCCUCUGAGCCCUUCUGGAUGCCUUGGUCUUUCGGGAGGGGCAGUCUGCUCGACGAGGGCCCCAGGAGACAGGUGCGCAGAGCCGGGGUCGCUCUCUGAGUUGCCUGGGUCAGCGAGCUGCAUCGUGGCUGCCUCUUCUCCCUGUGCCGCUCCAGCUCUCGGUGGGAAGGCAUCUACUUCUUGCUCCAGGGAGCGGGACCCAUUAGGGUGAGCCACUGGAUGAGCCGGUGUUACCUGACGGUCCCAUUGCUUGGUGUCAGCCCACGGCACGUGUGUACAUCUGAGUGUACACAGACGCCCACCCCAGCUGGCUGUGGCAGCACUGACUGCAGCCUGCGGGCGGAAACAGCACCAGGGUCCAGCACCCGGUGAACAGAUGAGCAGAGUGUGGGGUGGCCAUGCCACGGGAUGUUCUCUGCCACAGAAGGCGUGAAGUGGGGUGGACCUCAGCAUGCCGAAGGGAGGAAGCCCGGCACAAAGGACCGUGUGCUGUGUGAAGCCUCCAGAGUCGACCCGUGCCUGUACAUCCCGCGCUUCGCCCACCUGCUGGAGUUUGGGGAGAAGAACCAUGAGGUGUCCAUGACGGCCCUGCGGCUGCUGCAGAGGAUGAAGAGGGACUGGAUGCACACUGGCCGGCGCCCCUCGGGCCUCUGCGGAGCAGCGCUUCUGGUUGCAGCCAGAAUGCACGACUUCCGGAGAACUGUCAAAGAGGUCAUCAGCGUGGUCAAAGUGUGCGAGUCCACCCUGCGGAAGAGGCUCACAGAAUUUGAAGACACGCCCACCAGCCAGCUGACCAUCGAUGAGUUCAUGAAGAUUGACUUGGAGGAAGAGUGCGACCCCCCCUCCUACACAGCUGGACAGAGGAAGCUGCGGAUGAAGCAGCUGGAGCAGGUCCUGUCCAGGAGACUGGAGGAAGUCGAAGGUGAAAUAUCCAGUUACCAGGAUGAAAUUGAGAUUGAACUCGAAAACAGCCGCCCAAAGGCGAAGGGGGCCCUUGCCAACCUGGCGAAAGACGGCUCUGUGGAGGACACCACGUCCAGCUUAUUUGGCGAGGAAGACACCGAGGACGAGGAGCUGGAGGCCGCUGCCAGCCACCUGAACAAGGACUUCUACCAGGAGGUGCUCGGCGGCACUGCGGGCAGCUCGGCCGGUGCCGGGGACCCCGAGGACGGCAGCAGGCCCCCUGCCCUGGAGUCCCUGCUCGGCCCCCUGCCCACAGCAGCCAGCCUGGGCAUCUCGGACUCCAUCCGCGAGUGCAUCUCCUCCCAGAGUCGGGACCCCACCGAUGCCUCGGGGGACGGCGAGCUGGACCUCAGCGGCAUCGAUGACCUUGAGAUCGACAGAUACAUCCUGGAUGAGUCGGAGGCCCGGGUGAAGGCUGAGCUGUGGAUGCGGGAGAACGCGGAGUACCUGCGGGAGCAGAAGGAGAAGGAGGCGAGGAUAGCAAAGGAGAAGGAACUCGGCGUCUACAAGGAGCACAAGCCCAAGAAGUCUUGCAAGCGUCGCGAGCCCAUCCAGGCCAGCACAGCUGGGGAGGCCAUCGAGAAGAUGCUGGAGCAGAAGAAAAUCUCGAGCAAGAUCAACUACAGCGUGCUGCGGGACCUGGACAGCCCGCCCAGGGAGGCCGUGCGGCCGGCCGCCGCCGGGGGCAGCUCCAAGAAGCUGCCUCGGAGGAGAGCAGCAGCCAGCAGGAGUGGGGCUGACCCUGGGACCAGCGUGGGAAAGAGACUGAGGCCUCUGCUGUCGACACAGCCGGCUAAGAAGGCAGCCGUGCGAGAGGCCUCGCUCCCAAGUGCCCCCGCCCUUGGAGCUGAGCCCGCUAGGCCGGCUGCGGUGCUGGUGGAGAGCGGGCCGGUGUCGUACCACCCCGACGAGGACGCAGAGGAGGAGGACCCCGAGGAGGAGGACGGGGAGCCGUGCGUCAGCGCCCUGCAGAUGCUAGGGGGCAACGAUUAUGGCUGUGACGGUGAUGACGACGAUGGCUACUGAGGUGAUCGUGCAGAGUCCGGUGGUGGACCCCAGGCGUUCUCGUCAGGGAGCAGAUGGAGCCCCGGACCACAGCUCACAGGUGGUGGCCUGAGGCUUCCGUGACGAGACCGGCGCCGCUCAGCCCAGCUGCACGCGGCCUCUGUGUGCUGACUUGGAACCACGUUUGGAGCAAUGUGAGGAAUACUUACCCAGCGGGGGCACUGGGCCGGCCUGCAGUCGUUGACUUACGCAGGAACCCCUGAAGAUGGUCACACCGUGUCCCUGUUGCAAGGGAGCCGGGUGGCCCUGAGCCCCGGACCUCACACCUGGUCCUGCCGUCAGGCACGCUGGGCCCUCCUGUCCUCCUGAGAAGCACUGAGCUCGGCCCCAUGGGGUGUGGGGUGUGGAGCAGGUGCAGCCUCCAGCAGCUCCCGCACUUGCUGACCCUCAGCCAGACUCCCGGCCUCCCCUCCAGCUAGGGCCCACUUGCUGCCGGGCAGUGCUGGAGCAGCACUUGUCCACCUCCAGCCCGGGCCUGGGGAGUCUGCACCCAGAAGCCCCCACGGCUGCCAGCACUCAGUCGGUGAGAAGUGAGAAGCCAACGGCUCCCCUGCCCCAGUGUGGGCAGCCAGAGCCAAGAGCCGUGGAGCCUCCAGCCACAGAAGAAGGCCGUGCUGGGCCCUGAGCUACCCAGGCCCAGGCCUCCUCGCCAGCAGACCCAGGGACCCUCAGGAGAGCGUGUGUGUGGCGGAGCUGUGUCUCUACCCUUGGCCUCUCUGGACUGGGCUCGGUUCCUUGCUGCUGCUUGGCCCCCGACAGGCCAGCGUGCUGCAGACAGCGCACUGGGGAUCCCGAGUCCUGGUGGCCAGGCCCCUUCCCAGCCACCGCCUGCCCCUCUGCCGUCACCCCGGGGCCUGCCUCCUGGGGCUUCUAGAAGUCUGGUUGGAGGGGCAGAUUUAGAGGAGCAGAAAAUCCAUUACGUGAGCAGAG